AUCCAACUGUGCCCUGGCGAGAGGCUGCAACAAAUAGGCGAAACGGUGUGCUCCCAGCCAGCAAGCUACAAUCCGUGCAGCAAGGAUCUGAGGAGUCAGGGGAAUGCGGUUAAAAUCGCCCUAACAUCAUUGUUUGCCCGUUAUUCCUAACCAGCCUGCAGGGACUCCUUCUCUCACUGCCUGGUCCCCAGCAGCAGCCUGUAACGAUCAUCUCCCCCGGGCGCUGGAGAAUUUGACGUGUUGUACAUCCUCCCCCCCCCCCCCCCCCACCACAACCACCACCAUCAGAGAUUAGCAGUUUAUUUUUCUCUCUCUUUCUCUCUCUCUCUCUCUCUCUGUCUGUCUAAUUGUCUUGUAGCAGUUUCUUCCAUGGUUUAAGCUGGGGUCUGUAUGGAAGUGCUAAGAGCCAGGGCCGAGGAAGACACGUGUACUUUCCGUCAAUCAGCGAUGCUUUUCCACGGAAUCUCUGGGGGCGAGAUCCAGGGAAUCAUGGAGGAAAUGGAAAGGAGAUCCAAGACGGAUUCCCGGCUCGCCAAAGGAGUGCAGAUGAACGGACGGGAAACGAACAUGCCUUCCAUUAACCCGGACAAACCCGCCCUGUGCGCAGGCUGCGGCGGUAAAAUCGCGGAUCGGUACUACCUGCUUGCUGUGGACAAACAGUGGCACCUCAGGUGUCUCAAGUGCUGUGAAUGUAAACUCGCCCUGGAGUCCGAAUUAACCUGUUUCGCCAAGGAUGGCAGCAUUUACUGCAAAGAGGACUACUACAGCUCUAAGCGUUGUGCCCUUUGCUCUCUUCUGUUUUCUGUUCUGGGAAGGAGGUUUUCUGUCCAACGGUGUUCGCGUUGCCACCUCGGAAUAUCCGCCUCUGAAAUGGUCAUGCGAGCCAGGGACUCAGUUUAUCACUUGAGCUGUUUCACGUGUACGACUUGCAACAAAACAUUAACCACAGGCGACCAUUUUGGCAUGAAAGAUAACUUGGUGUACUGCAGAGUUCACUUCGAGUCCCUGAUGCAGGGAGACUAUCACACGCAACUGAACUACACCGAGCUCGCUGCAAAGAGCGGGGGUCUCAGCUUGCCCUACUUCAAUGGGACAGGCACCGUUCAGAAGGGACGUCCCAGGAAGAGAAAAAGUCCUGCCCUCGGAGUCGAUAUCUCAACUUACAAUCCAGGCUGCAAUGAAAACGACGCGGACCACUUGGACAGGGAACAACAGUCCUACCCUCCAACCCAGAAAACCAAGCGUAUGCGCACAUCCUUCAAACAUCACCAGCUUCGCACCAUGAAGUCCUACUUCGCCAUAAACCAUAACCCAGAUGCGAAAGAUUUAAAACAGCUUGCUCAGAAAACUGGGCUCACCAAAAGAGUUUUGCAGGGAGAACAAAUCUUGGGGCAUUACAGCCACACUUCCCGACGUUUGAAAAUUCCCUAGGUAUUUUAAGAAGGGGAAAGGUUGAUCGGAAUUCAACAGCAGUGAAGACAAAGACUAUAUUAACACACAAUUAAAUAUCCUAAAACUUUACUCAGAUACAUAAUUACAAUAAGCCUCCAAAAUGUAAUUUGCUUGAAUGUUUAAGCUAAUGUAGGACGCAACGUGUUGUAUUUCUUUUACGUUUAAGCUGUCAGUGGACAUACAUGUAGAGAAAACAUAAAGUCUGCGCUGGACUGAAUUUGAAAGAAUUAGGAUGUGGUUAGGACAGGCCAGUCUGAUUUCCAUCGCACUGCCAAGUUGACCAACUAAAUUAACAGUUUCUCGGACAUCAAACGCAAAGCUUUGUCUGUACUCUACAAUUCUAAAUGUAUAAUUAAUUUGAUAUCCAUUUGUAAUGUGGAGACUUGGUUAUGAUGAUAUAAGCCACUUUCCUACAUAGGGAUAAUCGAUGUAAGGUAUUUGGAGACGAAAUUCGCAAGUCCUUCAAGCCCACAGGCGACAUUUUGGUGUUUCUGGUUGUAAAACAAAAUUGAGAAACAUUGUGCAUGCUAUUAUGAUACUUCCUCUAAAUUCUUUUCAAUAUCAAAGGGUCGGAUGUAAUAUUGUCAGUACUGUUUUUUGGGUGAUGUAUACAUUUUGAUUGAUUGAUGUUAAUUGUAAUAAACAGCUUUCAGUAUUGAACGA